AUGCUGGUGCUCGGCUACGGGCUCGCCAACGAAUUGGCGAAGAAGCAUUUUGAGAGGAUGCUUCCGUUUGCAAAAUCAACAAUCGCAAAACUAUCGAGCUUAACGGACUAUCUGUUAAUCACACUACCAAUGUACUACGUUGAUGAAGAAAUCGCGCAUCGUUAUGCCAGGAACUUCCGGCAAAAAGGGGUGAUACCGGAGCGGAACCAGACACGGUUUUUGUAUGAGGAUUACCUCGAGCAAUGCGCGCCAACUCUAACGCUCAUUGGUGAAGCCGCCAAGGGCUGCCCAAAUUGCCGCUUCAUCGACACACAGUCAUUAUUUUGUGAAGACGGAAUCCAUUGCGACGUAUUCGAUUACGACUGCCAAAAGCUGCUCUACGAUUGGGGUGGAAGGCAUCCAACGGAUUAUGGAAGGAGUCGAUAUCAGCCAGCAUACGAAUUUGUGGUAAACCGAGUGUACGAGGAGAUUGGAUAUAAGGAAGACGCAACAGCAUCAGAGGAAGAG